AUGACUGUGACAUUAAAUGAAAGAAAAUCCAUGGAUAUUAAGCAACAUUGUGAGAAAUUGUUAAAAGAGAAAAUAGUUACAAUAAGAGAAUUUUCUAAGUUGAUUGGGAAAAUGGUUGCAGCAGACCCAGGGGUACUGUAUGGACCUUUGCAUUAUAAAGCUUUAGAGAUUGAAAGAGACAGGGCUUUAAAAUUGAAUAUAGGUAAUUUUGACGCUUAUAUAAAAAUAAGUGAACAGGGUGAAGAAUGCUUGAAAUGGUGGUUAGAUAAUAUUGGUCAUGUUUUCAAACCUAUUUCACAUGGGAAUGUUGAUAGAAAAAUUGAAACGGACAGUUCUAUGACUGGUUACGGAGGACAUGAUACGACAUUUAACCGUGUUAUAAGUGGACAUUGGUCAUCCGAUGACAAAAAACAACAUAUAAAUUAUUUAGAACUGAAGGCAGCAUUUUUAUGCCUGCAAUUUUUCUGCGGAGGUGUGCAAAAUGAACAUGUGCAGUUGUACUUGGACAACACAGUUGCCAUAAAAUACCUCUCAAAAAUGGGGGGUAGGAAAAUGCAACUAAAUGAGCUCACAAGAGAAAUUUGGGAAUGGUGCGAAAAGCGUAACAUUUGGCUUUCUGCGUAUCAUAUACCAGGAAAAUUAAACACAACAGCAGACACACUCAGUAGAAUGAGCAAAAAGCUAAAUGAUGACAUGGAAUGGUCAUUACAUGAAAGUGUGUUUAAUUGUAUACAGGAAAAAAUGGGCACAUGUAGUGUUGACCUAUUUGCCUCUGCAGCAAACCACAAACUGGAUCAAUAUGUGUCAUAUGUCCCGGAGGGCCAUGAAAUAGCGGUUAAUGCAUUCUCUUUAUCUUGGUCCAAAGGUCUUAAUUAUAUAUUUCCACCUUUCAGUUUGCUGGGGAAAGUACUUCAAAAAGUAACGGAAGACCAGGCAGAGGCAAUCUUGGUAGCCCCUAUUUUCACAACACAGCCAUGGUUUCCGCGUCUUCUUCAAAUGAUCUGCAGUCAGAGCUACAUACUUCCAAGGAUGGAGAAUUUGUUAACAUCACCAAGGAAGAAAAACCAUCCUCUAGUGUCCAUGAAAAUGGGGGUUUUCAGGAUAUCCGGGAACAUCUUAUUCGUUCAGGACUACCAGAAGAGUCUGCAAAAAUCAUCAUGGCGUCUUGGCGACGGUCAACGCAAGAUCAGUAUGGGUCACAUAUCAAAAAAUGGUUGCGUUUUUGUGGUCAAGAACAAAUUAAUUCAAUUAAACCAUCUAUGA